AUACCAUUCUACAGAAAAAUGCUGCGACAUGCACUGAUUGUUACUUGGCUGUUUGGCGCUACAUUAACAACAUCAUAUAUUUUGAAUUAUUCACCAGACUUUAUGAACUUGAAAUGCUUCAACUGUACCUACAGCAAUGUCACCUUCUUUCAACUGUCAUAUAAUAAUAUUUCCUCUAUUUCAAUUACUAACAACACUAUCCUGCAACUAAAUUUCACUCAAAACCAAAAUGAUACCAUACUUAUCAACCUCGGGUCGAUGCCCAAUCUUCAAGGACUAAAUGUAUCCAACAACAAGUUGUUAGAUCUUCCUUACAGUUUACUCAGCUACCCAAAAUGGCAAACACUAGAUAUCAGUUCGAAUGAAAUUAUUUAUCUAACCAAGCCAAUAGUAACAAACAGCCUACAUCUACAUCUACAAAAUAACAAAAUACAGGAACUUUCUGACAGCCUUUUCCAGGAUUGUCCAAAUCUGGAAAAACUGGAUUUGUCUAAUAACAAAUUAAAACAGAUCAAACUGAAAACAUUUAGCAAUCUAAAAAAUCUUUCAAGUUUGAAUUUAUCAAAAAAUCAAAUUCAAACAAUUUAUGGCCACUUGUCCCUUUCUAAGCUCAACAGUUUGGAUCUGUCUGAAAAUUUAAUUCAAACCCUAUCAAAAAAUAUGUUCAGUGAAGUCCCGUUAAACCUUAAUGAACUUGACCUCGGUCAUAAUAAACUGACCGAGAUUUCGUCAGAUGCUUUCAUUCAACUUUUAUCAUUGAAAAAUUUUUCUCUACAAGGAAACAAUAUGACAAAAUCUAUAAACUCUCUCCGUUUGCCGUACCAUUUGAAAAACUUUGACUUGAGUAACUGUUCACUACAGGAAAUUGAUCAGUGUCCAUUCCACAAUCUAAAAGACAUCCAAAAUUUAAACCUUGAGCAUAAUUCUCUGCCUUGUAACUGUCAUUUGAAUUCAAUUAUAAACAUGUAUGGUUCUUCAGUUCACAUCAAGACCUGCAGGAAUUCCAGCAAAGAGAUAGACAAAGCACUCAUUAAUAGUUUGGAAUUAAAAUGCCAGCCCCAAACUUGUGACAACUGGAAUCCAAAUAUCAACUCUGAUGCUUCUUCCAAUUUGAAUGUUAGCACCGAAAUUGAGAAAGGCCGAGUGAGAAUUAAAUGGAUGACAAGUUUGAUUGUGAAUAGCUUCCAUGUUUCGAUCAGUGACUCAUCAGAAAACCAGAUCGAGGACAUUACACUGAAAUACGAACAUGAGUAUUCCUUUGAUACUGACUCUGCAUUUGUCACGUACCACAUAUGUGUCAAUGCUCUGGACAGAGAUGAUGAUAUCAUUUCAAAAAAAUGUAUCAGUGUUUUCAUGAAGGAUGUAAACAUAAUAACAGGAAUUGUGGCAGGGUUAUUAGCAUUAAUACCUUGUGUUUUUGGAUUAAUUUAUAUCACGUGUAAAGAUCGGAACUACCAUAGACUAAACAGCGAUAUGCAGAUCAGUACAAAACCAGUAAAGAAAUCUGAUCUUCAGCAAAGUAAUGACAAGAAAGUACCAGCUAAACUGGCAUCACCACAAGAAAAUCACAAUCAAGGGUUUCAGUCGGAUGAUGAUAAAUUAAGCUCACAAUAUCAAAAUGUAGAGAAACUACCUCAAACUAGUGUAGAAAUUCCAGAAAAUCCUAACAAUAACCAACUUACAUAUCUAUAAACAUUUUCUUUUAUGUCAGAACAUUGGUGGAUAUUGAAUACAAAAAUUGUUUUUGUUUAAACUUUCACCAUACAUAAUACUAACAAUGUCAGAUGUAAAAACAAUGUAUGCAUAUAGAGUAGAGAGUCUUGUCUAAGGUCUCCUUCCUCUUCAUUUCAUGAUAGUGACUGGUGUUAGAUUAAGUUGAUGCAUUCAUGAUGAAAUGAUAAAAUAAAAUGUGAUUUCCUGAAUAUUAAAAACAGAGAGUGGUUGGAUGCAAUACAUGGUAACCUCUUGAAAAAGGUCAUAAAAAAAACCAGUUUGAACAAAAUUCACAAUCUUUAUAACAGAACUCAGCACUUUUGAAUGCCAAAAGAUUACAUUAGAACAUUUAAGGAAGAAUUUUACUACAGAAAAAAAAAUUAAUAAUAAAUCUAAAAUAAAAAUAUUCCUUUUAAA